UCCUCCGAGUUCAUCCCUUCCUUUACCGCUAAGAAACCCCAACGCGCAAAGCUCCAUUGUUGGCUGUGAAGAUCCUUAGAAUUCCAUGUUGCAGUGCCCAAUGGCGUUCGAUUCAAUUCUCCAUAAUACCACGGCCGCCGCACACAGAUUCAUCUUCUCUGGCGCUUAAUACAGCUCAAAAGAGGAAUUUAUUCCCUCUCAAACUCAGUUGCCAUUUUUAGAGUCUCGAAGCGGCUCCUUCGCUGUUCGACCAUGGCGUCGCAGGCUGAUUAUGUCGAUAAAAUGCAGCUUCGUCAGAGCUAUAGAAAUUUAUGGCACACUGAUCUUAUGGGCGCCAUUGCUGCCCACCCAUCUUAUUGUUGCUUUUCUAUAUUCUGUGGCCCAUGUGUUUCAUACCUUCUGCGAAAACGAGCUCUUUACAAUGAUAUGUCGAGAUACACAUGUUGUGGUGGCUACAUGCCUUGCAGUGGCAAGUGUGGAGAAAGUAAAUGUCCUGCAGCUUGUCUAUGCACCGAGGUUUUCUGUUGCUUUACUAACUCGGUUGCAUCGACGCGUUUCAUGUUGCAAGACGAGUUCAAUAUACAGACAACUGAGUGUGAUAACUGCAUCAUCGGCUUUAUGUUGUGCCUCUCACAACUGGCUUGCAUAUGCUCAUUAAUUGCUUGCUUGCUUGGAAGUGAAGAACUUCAAGAGACCGCACAUAUAAUGUCCUGUUUAUCUAACUUUGUCUACUGCACCGUCUGUGCGUGCAUGCAGACACAGCACAAGCUUGAGCUGGACAAAAGAGAUGGCAAUUUUGGACCCCAACCAGCCAUGGCUGUGCCUCCUACACAGGAGAUGUCUCGGAUGACUCAGCCGGUUCCUGAUCCGGAUGGUUAUCCUCCUCCUACGGUGUCUGGACAACCAUUCGGAUACCCGCCCCCUCCCCCGGCUCAAGGCUACCCGGUCCCGGCUCAUUAUCAAGGCUAUCCGCCAACGGGUUAUGCUCCGUAUCCGACCCCGGGUCAAUACAAUUGAUUUGUUCCAUAUUGUUUUGCAAAUAUGUACCCUCUUUAGAUUUGAAUUUUCGUAGUAAGAGGGCAGUCGUAGUACAAUUUACAACCA